ACAUUUGCAAACUUGUGUUUUGAAUGAUGGGUUACAUUGGACAAAUGAUUAUGAUGUUUGGACAAUGUAGCAGUGAUAUAGGUGAUUUGCCUACCAUCUAUAUAGCAUUCUCUGUAAAAUGAAGUUCUAGAUUGUCUGGCUUCGCAUGGCUUCGUAUUAGCUUUCAAUGGCGGGAGGAUCAGAUGAUUACGUGCAGCAUGAACUCAAUGACUGGGUGCAGAGAAGGUCGUUUGAACAUCCAGAGUGGUUCGAGUCCAAGUCAGUAACAAAGCAAGGAGAGCAGACUACUGUGCAACAAAUGACUUCCAGGGCAAAGCAUGAGGACAAGACGACUGGUAGCUAUGAACGCUUUACUGCAAAGCAGUCAAUGUCAAGUGGGCACCAGGUUGUGGAGAGAUCUGGGCGAGUUGGUUUCAAGGAUGUGCAGCAGAAGAGCGCGACCCUGAGGAUUGGUGAUAAGAGUGGCUAUACCGAGUACUACAGCGAGCAGAAAGUUCAGAGGGUCAACUACGACAAGAACAGCUACAACAGUGGCAACACUAGCCGAUCAAAAAACAAGUAUUAGUUCUUAGUUCCUGCACUGUUCUCUGCUUUCACUAUGAUGUUUGGAUUUGUUGUCUCUUUUCUAGAAACAAAAGUUCGGUUUGUUACUUCGUUACCACUGUUUGCUGGGUAAUGGCCUGGAUGACUAUAUAUAUAUAUAUAUAAGCUCCAAAUGCUAAUCACAAGUACUUCAUUGUGGUA